AUUAUAUUAAAAUUAUGUGCAAUUAAUCAAACAAGCAGCAACACUAUAUUAAAAACGUCAAGAAAUCUAAAAAAAAAAAGCCGGAAGGCAACUUAGUUUUUAUUUUUAUUGUUAUUUGUUUAAUUAUUGUUAAGAUACUACGUUAAUAGUAACAACCAUAAUUUUAUCUAGUCUUAGAACUUAUUUCGUGUCCAGAGUAAUUUAAUUGCAAAUAUCUGUGCUUGUGACGGGUUUAUGGAGCCAUAAAAUUGUUGAUAUAAAGUCCUUUGUUUGGGAAACAGCUAUUUCUUCGUGUUUCCUCGUGAAUAGGGUGUGGAAAACGCAUUUGGGAAGCGUAUAAGCCGUGGUUUCAUUGUUCUUUGUUCGUAUCGAGUGUGAAAAGUGGUUAGACAAGCUUAUUCGAUCAUUGUUUCAUACGCGACUGUGGUUAACCAUUAAAACAUAAAACUUUAACAUUCUGCCGUCACAAAUAUGGCUGUGUUGCUCAAUGCUCGUUGUGAAAACCGUGUAAAGGGAAUACGGAGCAGGAAAACUCCAUUCAUAAUCCAAUAAGAGUCUUAUAAGUUGUUUAAAAAUCCCAACAUGUCGGCCUUGGAAGACAGCAAAGAUAUCUGGCCAGUAUCUGGUAAUCGAUUGGAUUCCAAAUAUGAAAAAUGUCGUAAUAUAACUGAGGAGAUAUAUAAGAGGAUAAAUAUUACAUUUCAAAUAAAGAAAUUGGAGUCUGAAGUACACAGUGAGUUGUCGGAUAACAGUGACCAAAUAGACAGCAAUGAUCUUAGCAACGAAACAGACUUAUUCGCCUGUGACAAGAGUGAUUCAAUAUCAAGUAGCACUGAAGCUGAGCGACCAACGGUUACUUGCGAGAAAUACAUCAAUAUAAACAAUAAUGAGGAGACUAAAAUGAAGAAAGGUGGCGCUGUCUACAAGAGGCCCAGGAAACGAUUCCGUAAAAGAGUGAAGAAGCGCCAGUCCAAAUCAGCCCGGAGUGAUUCGGAGUGCUCGAGUGAUGAAGCGGUCCCUCUCAGCAGGAUCGUUGAGGUGGACAGCAAGUGUGUCAACUCUGAGUCUCCGGACAACGUCAUGGGAGUUCCCAAUAUUGUUAUAUUGACUAGGGACUUAAAACCAAAAAUCCAUCAAGAAAAAAAGUCUCCCAAACCUAUACCCCCGCAAAUAAAGAACGAAGACACAUCCCCACCCCAGAAGACAGAAUUAAGUCCUGCCCCUCAGCGGCAGACGACAGAAGUAAGCCCCGCCCCCUUGCAGAAGGUGACAGAUGCAAGCCCCGCCCUUUUACGGCAGAAAGAAGAGAAGGGAGCGAGCGAGUGGAAGAAUUGCACAAUGUGCAGCCUCUCUUUCAGAGGAGAAAGAGGAUUGAGACGCCACAUGACAAUGUCUCACAUAUUAAAUGAUGAAGAAAAUAAAAAGUCCAGUAAACCUGAACAACGACAUUCGACCAUUACAAGUGGGUAAUAAUAAUUAUUAUUAUAAAUAAUCAACAGCCGCCAUCUUAUCUACAGAGACGACCAAAAUGAAUGAAGCUAUGAAAAACCAAUUUAUUAUGAUCUCUGCUUUCUACGAAGUCCAUACAUUGAAUGGUAAAUUUAUACUGGUUUUCAUAGCUCAUGCUUU